CUCAGGAACAGAGCUAGAAGAACUUUGUCCAUGUUCCUCAAUCUCAAAUCUCAGGUGCUACUGAAAGUUUAUUAUAUGCCAGACUUCACCGGGUUCGCAGAACUAAUCGGUUAUGAGUAUUUGGAGACAUGCAAUUUUGAGAGAAGUGCUGAUCCUAUGGGAACGCUUUUGGAUGACUGGGGUAGCGGGACUCGUCCUAAUGCCACUGUGGGCAAACUGUGCAAAAUCCUACAGGAGUUGGGCAGAGUAGAUGUGCUGACCUCAGUUUUGCCUGUUAUAGAAAAUGACAUCCACGUAUGGGAGGAGAAUCAGAAACAGCUUAAGAGUUAUCAGAUUGUCCAGGAUGAGACUGUGUCCCAGAGCUCCAGGUCUGACACCGAUCACAAUGUUGAUCAGUUCAAGUACAUGACAAAUGGCGAUGUGGCUCACGGGGCACCACAGUACUACGACGCAUUUGUCUGUCAUUCCAUUGAUGACAUCGCAUUUGUAAAAGAGAUGAUUUCACACCUUGAGUCCAGCAAGCACAAUCUUAAAUUGUGUGUACCUGAGCGUGACAUGCUGGCCGGAGGGUCGUACCACACUAUCUCAGCCAGGUUGAUUGAGGAGAGGUGUAAAAAGAUGGUUGCCAUUGUGUCUCCAAACUUCCUCAAAAGUCCUCAGUGUGAUUUUCAGAUCAAAUUUGCCCAUGCAGUGUCUCCAGGAUCGAGAAGUAAGAAGGUGAUUCCUGUGCUGAAGGAGUUGUGUCAACUCCCAUCUAUCCUCAGACACAUCACGAUUUGUGACUUCACCAAGGGAGAUCUGAAGGAAUGGUUUUGGGAUAGACUUGCGAGAGCCAUCCAAAUGCCUGUAGAUACAUCACCUGCCACAGAUGCUCUGGACAGACAGCGUCUGAGCCAAGUUCAUUUUAAAAUUGAAUCCUCUCCAUCUUCUAGUAACAUAUGGCCUAAAAAUGAAAGUGAAACCAGCAGCUCUUCAAAUAACAGUCAUUCAUCUACUCGCUCAUCCAAUAACUCAGCUAGUCAUUCAUCCACUCGGUCAGCCAUCCAUUCCAGUCGCUGUUAAGAAGUAGUGACCUGGUCCCUGUUUGUUCAUCAAAUAAUUAAAAUCUUCCUGAGUUGUCUUUGGUGAAUCAGGGUUAACUGAUAGUUUCACAAUGUCCACCGAUUUUUUGUAUAAAGAGCUGAGUUUACAUUUAUUCAUUUUAAGGUUUUCUAAAGACUUCUUUUUAAACUGUUAGCAGUUAUGGAAAGGUGUAUUUGAAAGGUGUUAAGCAAAACACUACACUGUUGCUUUAUUUUUCACCAGUGUCAACACUGUAGUGGUCUAUGGAAUUUUUCAGACUUAAUUCAUAGAUCUAAUUAUAUUUUAUCACGAAACUUAAGCAUAAUUUGUACCUAGCCUCUGGCAUCAGUAUAUCAGAAUAUUUUGUACUCAUCAUAAUAUGUAUGUAUUUUCUCAAGCAUGACUACAUUCUGAUUUAUGUUCUGAACAUAAAUGAAUUGAUGGUUAUUUAUAAAAAUUAGUUACAUUUUAUUAUGGUUAUUUCAGUUAUUGUGUGAAGUGGAAACUGUUAACGGAGCAUUGUCUUUAGGAAUUCUUAAAUCUCAGCUUAUCAGUUCUCAUUUAUGCGAAAAACACUUUAACCGUCUCAAUUUGUAAUAGGAGUAUUAGCAUAGCAGAUGAUAGAUAAGGUGUCAGGUGUGGUAUUUGUGUAUCCUGGUAGCUAGUACAUAGAAUACUAUGAUCAUUCAACAGAAUAUCUUAAUGUAUAUUUUAAAUUUAAUCUUUCACCUUUUUUUGUACUGUAAGUUUCAAUAGAAACUCUGUUUACAGAGUACUACAUUUUCUUUCUUCAAGAAUACACAUUUUACACAUUGAAACAAAAUACAUGUACGCAUAUAUUUUGGACCUCUAGUUUGUUAAGGAUCGAAAAAAUUAUUUGUUAUGUUUUUUGUCUUUGAGGUUGUUUUUCCUGAAUUAUAUGCAUGUAUGUUUAGUUUGUUAUGUCUGAAGGUCCAGUUAUAGUCUUUUGCUGUAUUUGUAAAGAGUGUUACUUGCAGUGUCGCACAUGGAAAGGUCUGACAGCAACCUGCGGAUGCUCAUGGGUUUCCCCCGGCCUAUGCCCGGUUUCCUCCCACCAUAAUGCUGGUCGCUGCCAUAUAAGUGAAAUAUUCUUGAGUACUGUGUAAAACACCAAUCAAGUAAAUAAAUAAACACUUGCAAUGUCUCUUUGAGUACCAUCCACCUUUCGAAAGCAGGAAUAGGUAUUUAUCGGGGAACCUCUUAUCACUUGGUUUUUUAAUUGGUGUCUGAAUAAUAUCAGUCAACACCUGAAACAGCGCGAAACUGAUGAGUAAACCAUGAAGUUCUUCAUAGACAUGCCACUGAAAGAAGUUAAAGAGACUAUACCAGAGACUUUUGACAAAAAUUGAUCAGCUCAAUUCCUUUGGAAUUUGUGUGAUUAAUUUAGAAUAGCACACACAAUCACCUUUAAAGAAAAAAAUCAUGUGAAAGAGCCUGAAAACAUAUUUGCAAAUAUUUUCUUUAAUAUUUUUUGUUUUUUUUUUUAUUACUGGAGAAAAGGGUAUUUGAAAAUACUAUUGUAUGGAGGGUAUUUGGGACUACCUUUUGGUAUAUAUCACCUUUGCAUUAUAAUUUUUCUGAAUUAAUAUGGGAUGGAUGUCUUGUAAAUUUACCUGAACGUCCAAACAUAUGCAUUUAAUCUUAUUGGUGAUAAUAUUUAUGGAUAUGUUAGGGUAUAAGUAUGAUCAAAGUCCAGAUUGAAGGCAUUUGUGAGCUCAAAAGACCAAAUUCUAGAGCAAAUAGAUUUAUUAAGCAUGUUCUACAUCCUCAUAUCAUUAUUACACAAAGACACUAUGUGCUAAGAGGUGGCCCCAAAUACCCACCAUACAAAAAUUAUUUGCUGGUAUCUUCUUCUGUAUAAAAAAAAAUCCAACAAACUACUGAAGACCACAUUUACAACUAAUUUUUCACACUCUUUCCUCAAAACUUUAUGUAAUCAGUGUUUAAUCUUAAUCUUUAUCCGCCUCGUUUGUGCACCUGUAGCCGUUCAAAAUAGUUAAUAAAGUUCAUAGCGUUUAUAAUCACUUUUUCAAACUUAAGUCAUUUUACCACUGUAAAUAGUGCAGGUAUGAGCCUGAUAUUUUCUGAAUGGCAGUAAUUUGAGCUAAGUAAAUAGAGAAAAUUUGAUUAUGGAAUAUAUAUAGUGCACACAAAAUCUUAGGUAUAACCUCUUCAAAUGUUGCCACACUUUGCUCUGUUUCCCCGUGAGACAAAGACAAAAUUUCUAUCUGUCGUUAUAUGUGUUUUACUGAGGGUUGUUGUAUCCCCCUACAUGUAGAAUUGUUCUCUUCAUAUUAAUAUAGAUUAUGCUGCUCCGGGUACAUUUGUUAAGAUUUAUACCUAUUUUCAUAAUUCCAUGGAUUUUACGACACUUGCAUGACAAGGGACAAAAUGGUACAUGUAUACAUAACGAUACUAAGCAUGUGAAUACCAUAGGUUAUGGUAUCAUAGGUGUGAUGGCGUUUCACUCCCUGCGGCUGGCUGUCGCACGUUUUACUGUGAAAGAACGCUCAUAGUAGACUGCGUAAUUUUGUGAUGAUGUCAUUCUGCAGUAUGUCUAUCACUCCUGCGAAAAUUUUAUUCAAAAUGAAUUAUUAUAUUUCGGGUUUAACCGGAGAUUAAAAUUUAAAUCUUACUGAAUCUUUGAUAUUGAUAGUUUGGAGGCCCUGUUAGCUAGGUGGAUAAAAUAAUUGGUUGAUUUCGCACAUUGCACGCAGGGAAGAAAUACAAUUGGUUUGCGUGCUGCUGUAAUGUGACUGUAUGACGUGUAAGUGUCGAUUCUGUGCACGGGGAGUCCCUUUGUCACAGGCGGGGUUCACGGGAGCCGCCAUGCCGUCAACUUGUAGGUCAUAGCUCUCCCAAAUAAUGCUAUAUGAGCCCGCGCUUUUCACUGAACACCUAGGGCCUGGGUUUAGCCUCGUGACCUCGUUAAAUACAGGAAGUAAGUUAGUCAUAAAAAUUCCCGAUUCCGAGCUUUCAUUCUGAGAUAGAAGAAAGAAGUUGUGACUGAUUUUAUGUCAUGAACUUGGUUUUAUCCAUAGAUCAUUUCAGCCUUUUAGUUCCUCCUUACAACACACAGCCCCAGCCCGGAAGAGGGCAACACGUCCAGGAAGAUUUCCGCUUGGAAAGAUGGUAUUACAGAUAUUACAAUGUUUCUAUAAUUAAACUGUUGUAGAAAUUACACACGUACAAAAAAUCGGGAUCCGUCGACAAAAUGGCAUCUAGUCCUCCGCUUAUACAAGAUGGCACUAUCUCACAGAGCACGUGGAGCGACACCGAUCACCAUGCCAACGAGUUUGAAUACAUGACAAUAGAUGAUGUAGAAACAGGUCAGCCGCAGUACUACCAUGCAAUUCUCGUCCACUCAGUUGAUGAUAUAUCCGUGGCGCUAAAUUUUGGAGAAAGAACUGAAGUCAGAAGAUCCAGUUUAAAAAUUUGCAUACCCGACAGAGACAUGUUUGCCCGGAGCUUCGACUCACUCCACAACAGCUGCGCUGAUAGCAAAAAGGUGUAAGACGUGCAUUGUUGUUUUAUCAAAGAAUUUCCUCAGAAGUCCCGGCUGUGAAUUCCAACUGAAAUUUGCUCAUGCUUUAUCUCCAGCCUACAACAAGAAGAAGAUUAUCCCCGUGAUCACGGAGACCCUGCCCCAGGGCUUUCCACCCGAGCUCUACCCCGUCAGCCCCAUAAACCUCACGAGAACCGAUCUGUACGAGUGGUCUUGGAGUAGAUUAUGCGUGGCUAUCAGAUGUCCCAUCCCACGGCUGAACCCUGAUACAAAGCUACAAGAAGAACUCAGUGGGGUCUAAUUUUAAAAGGAAACAUCCUAGAACCAUACAAUAUUGUGUUGUGUCUUCUCACCCCAGCAAUAGUCUCCACAUUAUACUCUUGUCGAUGAUACCAGUUCAAUGUUCCAUUUUUUGAUACACUAGUAGGCCCUUUAUACAUGAAAGUACGGCAAAAUUACAGUAAUCAGGGCUUAGGAAAAUACAUCAAUGGUUUGCACUAGAUCCCCUCUCAUUCAACACUAAGGAGACUAAAUGUAUGAUAAUUUUGCCACAAAAUAAAAAAUAAGCUAGCAAGUUCCUUACUUAAAAAUAUGUUGUGACGAGAUUGAAAAGACAAAUAGCACAUUAUAGAAUGCGAACAUGUUUUAAACAAUGCAUGGUGUAAAUUGGACUAAUACAAUAUCAUUCUUCAUCUGUGUACAUGUAAUUAAUAAAGCAAACUUCUUACUCUCUUAUAUUUUAAUCCAUAUAUAAAAAGGGGAAACUUAAUUACCAUGGGGAAAUAAUGUCAUAUACGUGUAUAUCUAUGUAUAUACCUAUUAGGAAUGUUAUAAAAAAUGUAUCAUUUCUUACCAUUGCCUUAUCGCACACUUACUACACAUUUCCCUUAUUUAGACUAAAACAUGGAAUUCUCCCAGUUCUAUACUGGGUUGAACAGUUUUUCAAACUGACCAUCGUACAUCGUUACCUGUUUCUCCCAAAUUAUGCCAUUAAUUCAACACGACUUCUGUAUAUGACAAUACCCACAAAUAUGACAUCAGCAGAAAUAAUGUACAUGGCAACAGAUCUUAUUAUAUAAGACAAAUGAACCGCGACGAGUACACAUGUAGUUCUGUAGACGGACGGUCUUGUUCAUGUCGUCAGUUGUCAAACUACCAACAAUGUUUCGGAGUAUUUCGAAAAAUCGAGUGUAUGUCUAUCAAAAGUUAGUGGUAAAUUCAUUUUGUUGUCCUCGGAUUAAUCUUAAAUCCUUCAUGAUUUCCUUUUUAAGCGCUUUCAUGACAAGAAUCACUCUUGUUAAUUUUUCGCUGAAUCAUUGUUUGUUGUUCCUAAAGUCUUUGAGUUUUAUUCUCCUGCAAAAUUUUGUAUAUUUUAUUUAUAUUUGGAUUAAGAAAAAUUAAUAAAAAGGUAAAAAAAUGAA